AUGGCUAUUGAACGCAAAGUCGCCAUCGUCACAGGCGCCAACUCAGGAGUAGGGUACUCGAUUAUUCAACGCCUGGUCGACGAAUCCCCUUUUCCCCUUACCAUCAUCCUCGCCUGCCGGAACAAAUCCCGUGCCCAAGAAGCCCUCACCUCUCUCCAGCAACACUUCACCUCCUCCUCCUCCUCUUCCUCCUCCAAAACUCGCACCACCCCAGAACUCAAAAUCGAACUAGUUGACGUCGGCAGCGCAACCUCCGUCCUCGCAUUCAACGCCCGGAUCCUGGCCCAGCAUAACAGAGUCGAUUUCCUGUUCUGUAAUGCGGGCAUCUUGCCGAGUGUGGGGUUGAUGUGGGGGAAGAUUCUGACGGAUAUGUUUAAGGCCCCCAUGGAUCUUGUGACGAGGUCGGAUGUGUUGAUCAAAGGAUUGGAAGAUGUACUGAGCGGGACGGAGGAAGAACCAGGAAGAGUCAUCUGGACGGGAUCAUUGACGGCUGAGAAGGCCAGUUUCAGGAUCGAUGAUUGGCAAGGACUUGAGGCCGUCCAGCCAUACGAGUCUUCAAAGUGGGUCACGGAUCUGCUGGCCAUUCGAUUGAAUGAGCAGUGGGCUGGUUCUUCUGACGAGGACGUGACAUCUGUUCAUUCUGUAGGUGGAGAUGCGUCAUCAGCGGCUUCUUCGGGAUCGGAGACGGGUGGGGUGAGCACAUCUACCAGGAGAGUCACUCGGUCCGCAUCCAAGUCCGUCCUUGUAUCCAACCCCACCACCCCUACCACCACUACUCCAAGGAAGCACAUCAUCUCACUCUCAACACAACCAGGAGUAGUAGCCAGCGGUAUCGGUGGCCUGGCCGCCUGGAUCGUCCUCCUCCGCAUAGCCCUCCACUACGUCGUCCGGUUCUUUGGUGAACGCAACCAAACCAUUACCGGUCACCACGGCGCACAGUCGAACGUGUAUGUUGCGUUGAAGCAACCGGUGGAGAAACUGGAUUAUAGGUACAAGUAUGGAAGUUGUGUGAGGAAUCUUGGACAGGAGUUUUUGAAGGUUGAGAGGGUUGUUGAGUAUGAGAGGGGGCAGGCGGAGGUUGUUGUGGGUAGGUUGGAGGCGUUAAGGCAGGAAGUGCUUGCGAAGAAGGAGUAG